UGGCAACGUCGCAUUUGCUUGUCAACAACAUGUGAAAAUCUUAACCUAACUUUUGAUUAAAUGUUUUGUAUACGUUUUUUCUUAAAUUAUUAUUGCAAUUUCAAUAAUUAUUAUUAAUUGUUAACUAUGAGUAUGACAACGCCGCCAGCGGCCCUAGUGAACCGUAACAAAAAACAUUUCUUAGGGGUACCAGCGCCCCUCGGUUAUGUAGCUGGUGUUGGUAGAGGGGCUACUGGGUUCACUACUCGGUCGGAUAUUGGUCCUGCAAGGGAUGCCAACGAUGUAUCAGAUGAUCGUCAUGCCCCUCCAGCUGCUAAAAGAACGAAAAAGAAAGACGAGGAAGAGGAAAAAGAGGAAGAAGAAGACCUCAACGAUUCCAACUACGACGAUUUCAACGGCUACGGAGGCUCCCUUUUUUCCAAAGACCCCUACGAUAAAGACGACGCAGAAGCCGAUGCAAUUUAUGAGGCAAUCGACAAACGCAUGGACGAAAAACGCAAAGAAUACCGUGAAAAACGCCUCAGAGAAGAACUGGAAAGGUACCGUCAAGAAAGACCUAAAAUCCAGCAGCAAUUCUCCGAUUUAAAAAGAGAUUUAGUGCAAGUGUCUGCCGACGAGUGGCGCCAAAUACCUGAAGUGGGUGAUGCGAGAAACAAAAAGCAACGCAACCCUAGGGCGGAAAAGUUUACUCCGUUACCUGACAGCGUUUUAUCUAGGAAUUUAGGCGGCGAAGCAUCCAACAGCAUCGAUCCAAAUUCGGGCCUUGCGAGCAUGGUACCAGGCUCAGCAACACCCGGAAUGCUAACUCCAACAGGCGACAUGGAUUUAAGGAAAAUCGGCCAAGCCAGAAACACUUUAAUGAAUGUUAAAUUAUCGCAAGUUUCUGAUUCGGUUACCGGACAAACUGUUGUAGACCCAAAAGGCUAUCUAACUGAUUUACAGUCAAUGAUUCCCACUUAUGGAGGAGACAUAAACGAUAUUAAAAAAGCCCGUCUGUUGCUGAAAAGUGUAAGAGAGACUAAUCCAAAUCAUCCACCUGCAUGGGUUGCUAGUGCCCGUUUGGAAGAGGUCACUGGAAAAGUGCAAGCUGCCAGGAAUUUGAUUAUGAAAGGCUGCGAAGUUAAUCCUCAAAGUGAAGACUUAUGGCUGGAAGCUGCCCGAUUGAAUCCUCAAGACACUUCCAAAGCUGUAAUAGCUCAAGCUGCUAGACACAUACCAACAUCUGUAAGGAUUUGGAUUAAAGCUGCCGAUUUGGAGCCGGAAACCAAAGCAAAAAGACGCGUCUUUAGGAAGGCCUUGGAGCAUAUUCCCAAUUCUGUUAGGCUGUGGAAGGCGGCAGUUGAAUUGGAGAAUCCGGAAGAUGCUAGGAUUUUAUUGUCCAGGGCUGUAGAAUGUUGUUCAACUGCUGUAGAGCUUUGGCUAGCAUUGGCCAGGUUGGAAACAUAUGAAAACGCCAGGAAAGUGCUGAACAAGGCCAGAGAAAAUAUACCGACUGACAAGCAAAUUUGGACUACUGCUGCCAAACUAGAAGAGGCCAAUGGCAAUCAUCAUAUGGUUGAAAAGAUUAUUGAGAGAGCUAUUAGUUCCUUGAGUUCAAACGGGGUAGAAAUCAACAGAGAACAAUGGCUGAAAGAAGCAAUUGAGAGCGAAAAAGGAGGCCACAUUCACUGUUGCAGGGCCAUUGUCAAAGUGAUCAUUGGUUACGGAGUGGAAACGGAAGACCAGAAACAUACUUGGAUGGAAGAUGCUGAAAAUUUUACAAAUCAAGGUGCCUACGAAUGCGCCAGAGCAGUUUACAGCAUAUCACUGGCCACUUUUCCCGGCAAAAAAUCCAUCUGGCUACGAGCUGCUUAUUUGGAAAAGAACCACGGUACCCGAGAAAGUUUAGAGGCCCUGUUGCAAAGAGCCGUUGCCCAUUGUCCCAAAAGCGAAGUUUUGUGGUUAAUGGGCGCCAAAAGUAAAUGGUUGGCCGGCGAUGUGCCUGCGGCGAGAGGCAUUUUAUCAUUAGCUUUCCAGGCCAAUCCUAAUAGCGAAGAAAUUUGGUUGGCCGCUGUCAAGUUGGAAUCAGAAAAUAAGGAGUAUGAGAGGGCGAGGAGGCUGUUGGCCAAAGCUAGAGGUUCUGCUCCAACACCAAGGGUGAUGAUGAAAAGUGCAAAGCUAGAGUGGUCCCUAAACGAUCUGGAUGCAGCAAUCACUUUACUCGAUGAAGCAAUUAAGGCUUUUCCAGACUUUCCAAAACUGUGGAUGAUGUAUGGGCAAAUAUACGAACAAAGAAAAGACCUCACCAAAGCAUUUGAAGCAUACAAUUCUGGAAUUAAGAAAGCUCCAAAUUCUAUACCGUUAUGGCUCCAACUGUCCCGUCUAGAAGAAAAACGCGGCCUCCUGAUAAAAGCUCGCUCGGUUUUGGAAAAAGCACGCCUGAAAAAUCCCAAAAACGACCAAUUGUGGUUGGAGGCAAUUCGAGUCGAACUAAGAGCCGGAAUGAAGGAAAUCGCCAAUUCAAUGAUGGCCAAAGCAUUGCAAGAGUGUCCCAACUCAGGCGCUUUGUGGGCCGAAAGUAUUUUCAUGGAACCCAGACCACAAAGAAAGACAAAAUCGGUUGAUGCAUUGAAAAAAUGCGAACACGACCCACAAGUCCUGCUAGCUGUCAGCAAACUGUUUUGGUCCGAAAGAAAAGUCAACAAGUGCAGAGAGUGGUUCCAAAGAGCCCUAAAAUUGGAUCCAGAUUUGGGGGACGCCUGGGCCAGUUGGUACCGUUUCGAGCAACUGCACGGUACCAAAGAAAAACAGCAAGAGGUCAAAGAGAGGUGCUUGGCCGCCGAACCACACCACGGCGAAUUGUGGUGUACGAUUUCAAAGGAUAUUAGAAAUGUCGGAUGGAAUACUGAACAAACUUUGUUAGCUGUGGCCAAAGAAGUACCCAUACCUAUUUAAGAUUAGUUUAAGUAAGACCACCAUUAGGAACAUCGAAGAUCCGACAAGGAAAACUACAACCAUGAGGAAGGCCAUACCAUCGAAACCAGCAAUGUCAAAUGGUUGAGGUUUGGGCGGUUGCGGAGGCGGCACCGGACAGCUGGCUUCGCAGUCCA